AUGGAAAUAUUUGCGUAUGAUUUUUUUAAAACAGAUCCAUUGUAUAAUUUUAAAAAUUCUUUAAAAAAUAUUCUUCAUAAUAUUCAUGAUGGAAUAAAGACAAAAUUUGAAAAUAUUGAUUUAAAUUUGAAAAAUAAAGCAUUAAAACAUUUUUAUAUUAAACUAUUAUACAAUUUUAAAAAAAUAAAUAAUGAGCUUAUAGAUAAAUGUAAAUAUUUUAAAUAA